GGUCUGUCUGUCCGGCCGUCUGCCCCUUUGCCCGCCUACCGGUAUUCUAGUUAGGAAAGUGGUCCGUAAAGUGAGUGGGAGGAAGAGGAAGAGGAAGAAGUAAAAUACACUGGACCCCGCACUUCUUUCUUUCCCACUUUCUUACACACUUUACUCACUUGCUCACCCAAAACACAUUCACCUCAAACUUCCCAUACUUACCACUUCUAUUCCUCCCUCCCUCCUCCCCCCUCAAUCUCCUAGUAUUCCGUGUGCUCUUGCUGCCCACUCCUAUCCAUAACAUUCCCGUUUUCUAGCGAGGCUUCUUUCCUUUUCUAUUUGUCGUCGUCAGCUUAGCUUCAUCCGCCAUCCUAACCAUUCUUGCCUAAUUUACGUCCCCGUUUACAUCACCAAAACUCAAUCCUAUUCCUGAUAACCCCUACUCUUACACCUACUUCCCUUAGUUUUCAUUCUCUACUCUCUCUCUCUUUUCCUUCUCCUCUUCUCCUCUCCUCUCCUCCACUCGUCUACGACUUUCUCGCCUCAAAUAUUCAGCCCUUUUCGGUCUUUCUCAGCACCGGAGGCGUUCAGUAGCAUUGACACCCUCCUCGCAUCUGCCCCCCCACUCCGCUUGUAUCCUCUAGAGUUGCACAGCUUAGCUAGCUGUGGGGCUUUCGAGGACAAACUCCAGUCCCCUUUCUCGUAAGAUUCUUACUCUAGCUUUCCCAUUCUUGGCUUUCGUUUUUCGCAACAAUGGAGGACUUUUGGACAUGGCAGGACUUGGUGUUUGACUUUUCCGACAGUCAGUCAAGCAUGGAUUCCACGCCUCCUUCUCCCGAGAUACCUCCUACACUAUCACCGGAGCCAGAGCAAGCCCCCAAACGCCGCAAGGUGGGCAACGGGUUGAGCGGUUUUCAGAUUAUCCCUAGCGACCGGAGACCUAUUCAGUGUGCCAGGCCGAGAAAAUCGAGCGGUCCUCUUACCUUGCGCCGGGCCAAACCGAUCAAGUCGCAUAUUCCCUACGAGAUCUGGUUAAACAUAUUCUCGUUCUGCACCCCACAAACGCUAGCCAAACUCCGUCGUGUCAACUCCACUUUCAAGUCCUUCAUAGACGAUGAGAGGGUUUGGGCUACUAGCAGAAAGAGUAAUUUUCCUCAUUUUCCGGAACCCAUUUACGGCUAUCCGGAGAAUUACAUGUGGAAUUUGUGGAGGGGCAUGGGGUGCAUGAUUUGUGGGGCUGCUCGUGUUAAAAAAGUUUACUGGACUUGGGGGGUUAGAAUGUGCUUUGAGUGCUUCAAAGAAGGGAGAAUGAAGGUAAGACCUAUUCUUUCGUUUCGCCUCUUUUUCCGCUUUAGAAAACUUUAUUAUUUGCCAAAUAUUCCUCCCCCACCCUCUCUCUUCUCCAUCCCCUUCCUGCCCGCCCCAGAAGGUUACAGCAUCCAAACGUACACAGCUGAUGAAAUUUACGGACCCGGGGAUUUCUGCCAAAAUGCCAAAAAGUGUUUGAGGCAUUGCUACAUAUCCGGGAGAUCUGUCACUACCGAGCGUGACAUAUAUUACGGCGGUGAACCAGCUUAUUGGCGGGACGAAGUUCAAACCUUCAAGAACGAGUACUUUGAACGCAAAAAGAAAGAAGACCCUGAAGUAUUGAAAGUUUUCUUGGAGUUUGAGAGGAAUAGGACUGUUGAAUUGAUGAAGACCGCUAAAACCGUAGCUCGUCGAGAGGAAAUUGCGGCUAUUCGUAAGCAGCGCAAUGUUUCUAUUCCAGAAAAAUGCAAGACGGACUUUGACCCUCCGAUCUCUGAGGAAGUCUUAGUGCUUAUGCCGUCAUAUCUAUCGGCCCUUAAAUCCGGGUCUGUCUUUACGGAGCGAUCCUGGAAGACGCUCGCAAAGAAACUCCAAGCAGAGAGGGAAAGUGCCGAAGCCAAGUACAAUUCUAGACAAGCGCACAAGCGCCAGCUUCUUCAGGAAGCCGUUGACCGAAAGCGCAAGGAGAGACAGAAAGAGUGUCAGGAUAACAAAGCCCUCCAGAUCAUUAAUCUUGCGAUGGGUGAUCUGUUCAAUGAUGCCAAGGAAUGUGUUCUGACGGAAGCUGGCGUCCUGCUAACGAAUCCCACGCAAUCGGCCUCAUUUCUAAUGGAAACUUUAGGCUAUGUUUGGAGAAGCUGGCAUCGAUCCAACCCGGAAUUGCAACUUUCGAUGAGGGGGAUCUUUUACCUCUGGGAAACGCUGUUCGUGGAUCUGGCCAUCCCCCUGGGUACGGAAUUCCAAUGCAAAUUUUGCGAACAACGGGCUGGCUUUAAAGCAAUGCUCAGCCACAUAGCCGAAGAACACGUAAAAUCUUGGCACCGUGCUAGGGGUAUACUUGAUUGGGACGGGGCCAUAUGGCCAGAGGUUUUGCCCUUCUUACCUGCUGGCUCCAAAUUCACACCCCGCCUGUCCCAUGAUGAACGUUGGUGUUUGUCCGAGCCGUACAAGGUUGUCGAGCAGAGCAAGGGAUGGAAACCAGGCGUUUUCACGGAGACGACCAGUUUACGUUCCAGUAUCGUCCGAUGUCUGAGACCUGUUAACGAAUUAGAAGUGCCUCCAACGUUCAAGUUGGCGACGUUCCUUGCGAAUCUGUCCAAAGAGGAAACCUUCCCCGGGUCACAUGAUAUCAACUCUGUUUACUACGAAAUUCUCAGGAUUCUCAGGGCCCCGGAUCACGAUACCGAGUUUUUUUGCAAUGCAAAGAUUUUCUGCAAAAUUUGUGUGGAAAAUAAGACUCUCCUGCCCAGAAAUAACCGUCCCGGAGGCUUUUUGCAACUCAUCGAGCAUUUUUGCGAGGAACACUACGCCAUCAUCGAGUUGGAGAACCCCGAAGGUCUAAACUGGAGGAAAGAUAUGAUCCUACUUCCCGGGCCGAAAGAUAUCAAGACUAUGUAUCACAAGCUCCCCGACGAAAUGCGUAAAAAGUGGGACAGAGCCAACGAGGCUACCGGACUCAAUCUCGAAAGCUGCAAGGCAAAGAUCGAAGAAGAGUUCGUGGGGAAUCGCACCCCAUCUUUACCUAUGAGCAUGUGGAAAUACAGCGAACAGCUCUUGAUCCCCUACCCCCCACCCACACCUAUAUCACCGGUCUGUGAUCCCCUCGACACCGCAUUCUGGGAGAUGGAUAUACAAAUGGAUCUCUCAGAAUCUCUUCAGGCAUAGACAAAAUAUUUUACGACGAUUACGAAUCUCCCUUCUCCCUGUUUCUUUCUUAGGAUUUUCUGGUGAACUUGAGGCUUAGGCGUAAAUGUGUUGCUUUCCAUUUUCUUUUCGUUUUCUUUUCCUCUCUUAAUGCCCCCUUUCCUUUCCCGGGCCGGUUUUUUUGGCUGGAAAAAAUUCCUUCUCGUUUUGCGUCAUCUGGGGUCCUUUAGAGGUUUUCCGUUUUACGUGGCUUCCUUCGAAUAAUAUCCUUCUACUCAUGGGUUUCCCUUCUCUACCCCCUAUCUUUCUUGUUAUUUCUUCACGAUAACCUUUUUAUCCCAUUGCUCUAGUGUAUCCGGUGCCGCGUCGGGUCGUUGUAAUAUCAUCUGUAUUUUAAUCAUGGGAUGUCACUCGAGUUGCUUUGUUUGUGAAAGAUUGUGAGGCUUGAGGACUAGGAGGUUGUCGGGAUGGAGAUGAACAUUGCAGCGGCUGAGGGGUUUUCCUGAUAAACAAAAUAAACAGAAUUAGCUGCAGCUUCUUACUCCCUUUCUCUUUCUUUCUUUGCCGUCUUCCUUUACCUUUUACACCGGCUGAGGUAUCUAGAAAUAUUCCUUGUUGACCUGGAUGGGGUCGAUGUUUCCUUGGCUGGGCUGGGUUGGCAUCAUAUCAUACUAAGUGUUUUACGGACCCGGUGGUUUUAUAGCUCGACAGUUUUACGAACCGGUUUGGAGAUCGCUGAUUUUGUAUUAUAAGAUUUAUGAACAUACUAUU